AUGGUCAGGGCCCUGCUGCUAUCCGUGUUGGUGGCUGGAGCGCUCGGCUGUGGGCUCCCCACUUACCAGCCCCAUCUGCCCAGGGUGGUCGGAGGUGAAGAUGUGAGGCCCAACAGCUGGCCCUGGCAGGUGUCCCUGCAGUACAACAAGAAUGGGGAGUGGCGCCACACCUGCGGAGGGACCCUGGUGGCCCAAAACUGGGUCCUGACAGCUGCCCACUGCAUCAGCCCCUCCAGAACCUACCGCGUGGUGUUGGGCCGGCACAGCCUCUCCACGGAGGAGCGCGGCUCCCUGGCAGUCAAGGUCUCCAAGCUCGUGGUGCACGAGGACUGGAACUCCAGCCAGCUCUCCAAAGGGAACGACAUUGCCCUGCUCAAGCUGGCCAGCCGCGUCCCCCUGAGUGACAAGAUCCAGCUGGGCUGCCUCCCUCCCGCCGGCACCAUCCUCCCCAACAACUACACCUGCUAUGUCACGGGCUGGGGACGGCUACAGACCAACGGGGCAGCCCCUGACAUCCUGCAGCAGGGCAAGCUGCUGGUCGUGGACCACGCCACGUGCUCCAGGCCUGACUGGUGGGGCAGCUCCGUGAAGACCAACAUGAUCUGCGCAGGGGGCGAUGGCGUCAUCUCCAGCUGCAACGGAGACUCCGGAGGACCCCUGAACUGCCAGAAGGCCAACGGCCAGUGGGAGGUGCACGGCGUGGUCAGCUUCGGGUCCUCCCUCGGCUGCAACUACUACCACAAGCCCUCUGUCUUCACCCGGGUCUCCAACUACAUUGACUGGAUCAAUGCGGGAGACUCCGGAGGACCCCUGAACUGCCAGAAGGCCAACGGCCAGUGGGAGGUGCAUGGCGUGGUCAGCUUCGGGUCCUCCCUCGGCUGCAACUACUACCACAAGCCCUCUGUCUUCACCCGGGUCUCCAACUACAUUGACUGGAUCAAUGCGGAGUUCCCCCGGCAGGCGGGGAAGAGCUGUGAUGGCAUCGCUUUCUCCCAGAGCGCGCGGGGCCUCGCGGGUACCACUAGAGCCCCGCGGGCACUGCUGCGUCACCGGGGCCCGGGCGGGGAGGCCCACGCUGCCCGGCGCAGCGCCUGCCCGCCAGGUUAA